UCAACUGUCGUGUCCGUCAUGAGAACUAGGUCGAAAGAGUAGGCAACUGGCAAUGUCUAAUUUUUGGACUAUUUCAGCCUUUCUUGCUCCAAAGAAACUUAUUAAUAAUACAAAAAUUCGCAAAAACUUGCUAUUUAUAAUUUCAGUAUCCGGAGCGUAGCAGCGUAUAGUCUUCGGAGAUAAACAAUAAAGGUUUAAACAUAUGGCAGACAGAAGGUAAAAUGGCUGACAAGCAUAGUUUAAAUUAUGAUGUAAGGGAGUUGAAGCUUGGCUCAAGUUUCACUAACAAUAAGACAUCACAAUAUCAUACCAUCAAAUAUGACUUUAAGCCAGCAUCAGUUGAUGUUAAUAAAAUGGCCACAGUGGAUGUUGGCACGAAUAAUCAAGUGACAGUGACAGUACCGCAUUUGGAUGGCGCUGGGGUCCCACAAACAGUAUUCAAAGGUAGUCAGAGGCCAUACACAAAGGAGUGUGUCCUGAUCAUAGACAGAGACACCGGGGAGAUCACUCUCGAGAAGCUCUCCAGCAAUAUACAAGUCAAGAAGACCAGACAGGAGAACAGUCAGAAGCCGCGGCCAUUGACCCCCGUGACAGCUGACUUUACGAAUACUACACAGAGGUCGACUUCGCGUACUCGCGUCACGACAAAUCGACGUGCAAACAAUGCAGGUGUUGGUCCGGCACAGGUGACCAACCAGAAUCGCUUCAACAACACACAGAAGCCUCAGAAUAUGGUCAGGUCUCCACCGCGAGUUAAGACUUCACCCCCACAAGCACCGUGGUCUGCGGGUGGUAACAGUACCCUGGCGUCGCUCCCUAUGAUAGGGUUUGACGACGCGCAGGCCCCGCAGACCCACGUGAACCACGCGGCCCCACAGGCACAGCCACCCAGCCAGCCUCAACCGCCGCCCGCACAGAGACACAUACCACCUGUAUCGGCUCAGGAGGACAGUUCGUCUUCGUCAUCUAGUGACAGUGACAGCGGGAGCGGUAGUGACAGCGAUAGUGAUAAUGAUUCUAGCGCGAACCACCCACUACCGAACGGCGGCAACACAAGUGCUGCUUUACCUACAGACGUCCUCAACGACGACCUGUGCCUCUCAGAGUCGGGCAGCGACUUCGACUGACACCGAUAAUCCACUCGCUCAUUCAAUGGUUCACUCACUCACACAUUCACUCACACACACGAUAUAACACCGCGAACAAUCUUCGUAACGUUAUUAUGAAUGUGACUUAUUAUAUUUAAUUCUUUAUUUGAAUUGUGAACAUUAGUUUUUUUUUUUGUAACUAACAUGGCGUGUAGGGUUUUAUAGUUUGGAAUAAAUACUUUUUUGACUUCUCUGGAGAUUUAAGAGACUUAUACUCAAACUGCCUUCCUUAACGCGUGUUCUUAGUAUUAUGUCCAUCUACAUUAGCCAAAUUGUUUAACUUUUAUUUUCCUUUAAAUUUACAUUAAGGCAAAAACUCUUAUUCUUAAUUACUCACAUGUUUUUGCUACACAUGUUUCCUGUGUAUAUUUUUUCGUUCUUAACCUGACGUCCAUUUUAUGAAUAAAUUUUAAAUAUAAUAUAAUUACUAACACAAUAUUAUGAAGAUUUUUCCUUCUGACAGAUCUCUUAAUCAGCGUAUAUCUAAAAAUAACUUUUGUGACAUUUUAUAGAGAAAAUAUCUUAGUCAUGUCUACAAAUAACAGUGUGCAAGUGAAAUCCUUCUUUGAUAAUGAGCGAAAAAUGUUGAGUGUCAAUAGAAUAAAACAUAACAAACAUAAAUUAGCGUAAGGAUGUAUCAUAUAAAAUGUUAUUGUGCCUCAAUUAAAUAUAGAGAUAUAUUUUUUAUUUUAUGCCAAUUUUUACUAGGAUAUAGGAUAAAAUGUUUGGUGAAGCCGAACAAUAUUAUACAUACGAGUUUGCAAUAAAUUAUUAAAAAAAAUAAA